AUGACCCUUGCCGUUGAUCUUCUCAACCCACUCGAGUCAAGCGAGCGCAGCCAGCACAAGCUCAAGAGACUCGUACAGAGCCCCAACUCUUACUUCAUGGACGUCAAGUGCAGUGGCUGUCUUCAGAUCACCACUGUCUUUAGUCACGCACAGACCGUUAUUCUCUGCAGCGGAUGCUCGAAUGUUCUCUGCCAGCCCACCGGUGGAAAAUCCCGUAUUACUGAGGGCUGCUCUUUCCGCAAGAAGUCGGGUUGA